AUGGGGAACUCUACUGCGUAUGAUAUUUACAUCGCUCCUUUUCUUCGGGACUUCCAUGUGUUUUUCCCCAUCUUUCUUUCCUGGUUUGUGGUCCAAUGGGCGGCUUCUCAUCUCUUGGGAUUUCUCUUCGGCCCGCCUUUUAAAAGACUCCCAAAAGAAAAACGUGAAGAUGUCAUUGUGCGAUCUGUGAGUGUAUGUAAUGGUCUUCUCAUGACGGGAGCUGCUGUUUGUUUCCUUCAUGAUCUUCGGCAAAAUAAUUUUGUCUUUCACAAUGAUCAAUAUAGAGAAGUGCCGGGAUAUAGAUUCUUUCGUAUUGCCAUUGUAUCUUACUUUGCCUGGGAUAUUGUAGUCUGUCAUGUGUAUAAAUGGUCCUUUAUAUGGAAAGUUCACGCAGUGGCUAGUUUUACCGGCGCCUAUUUACUUUCUUUUCCCUUUUCCGAUCACUAUGGAUCCUACUUUACAGGAAUGUUUGAAUUAAGUAAUAGUCCACUGCAUCUUUCUUCUAUUCUCCGUACACUUGAAAUCUCAUCUCUUUUACCUUUUGCCACCGCGAUGGAAGGUCUCUUUGCAAUUCUCUUUGUUUGUGUUCGAGUGGUGGGGGGAAGUAUAGUGACGGCCUCUUGGUUAAAGCAUACAUAUAUGAAUUUGGUGGCGAAUUACUACGCGGGUGGGACGUUAGUGCAUGGGGAGGUGCCUUUAUUGAUAUCCAUUGUGCUUAUAGUGAUUAUUCAGACUCUGCAGUAUAUUUGGUUUGUGGAGAUUGUAAAGCGGGUGAUGGCGAUGUUUGGGAUUUCUUUUUCUUCUUCUUCUGCUAGUUCUAGUUGUUCUUCAAUAGAGGGAGAUGCGGUGAAGAAGUGUGUAAAGGCAAAACAGGUGUGA